CACACUCUAGCAGCGUCUAUAUGCUCGGGAAGCUCGCGGAGACGCAUCUGCAGUCUAGGUCAACGCAAGGCAGGAUAAAAAAUAAAGAGGGAUAUAAACAAAAAACUACCAGGAUUUUUAAAACUCUGGAUUACUUGAAAAUGGCUGAAUUGUCUAUGCGUUAUUUAUAACACUUUUAAAGCUCAGGCUGGAUAUAUUUGGAUAGACAACUCCACAAUAUGAACUUCGGUCGCCGAUAAAGGAACCAAGCAAAAUAACUACUUCUAUCAAGAACAUCGCGCGUAUUAUUUCCGAAUCUUCCGCAUACAUAUUAGUAGGCUUAAGUUUACCAUUUGAUAUUCAUAAGUAGUAGACAUUUUUUAUUUUGUUGCGCUCAAGCUUUUCUCUGGUGCCUGUUGACGAGGUGAUAUCUGUGGAUACUGGAGAAGCAGCUCGCGGGCUACCUGAUCUCUUCAUGCACAAAAGCAAGACACGAGCUAAUGACACAGAAGCUUUUCGUGCUCACCAUUACGCUUUCUGACAGAGUUGUGAGUUUUCUGACCAAGGUUCCGAAAUGUUAGUCUAUUUCAGGUGCCUUUUUGACGCAUGAUUAGCCUAACUUAUUACGCAUUAGGCCUACUGAAGUUCUGAUGUUAGGCUGUAAUUAAACUGCAAAUCUGUUGAAUAUGUCCUAUUGUUUGUGUUUGAAAUUAUAACAUUGAACUUAAGUUGUUUAUUUCAUUGCUCGAGGCUGCGUUCUAAAACUGUUGGAAUUCAGCCGGUUGGCUAAGCCAGACCCAGGCUCAGACCUAGCCAAUAUGACUAUUAGUGGAGUGGACGUCCUGCAGGAAUCUCUAUGCCACGCUCCGUUUUAAAGGAGCAUAACCCAGCAUUGUCAGACCCUAAUGCCCAAAUGUCUCCCCGCUCCAGUGUUGCUGCGUGACCCAGUCACAUGUCUAGAAUGAGCACUGAUCUAGAGCGUAUGUCGCUCAACUCCUCCUCCGCCAACUCGGUGGCCUCGAGUGCCCGCACGCUGUCAGCCAAUGUCAAGAAGCUGCACAACGCGCUCAACCUGCUGCUCAACGAAUUGGAGCGGGAGCAGUUCAUCCACUGCCUCAACGUGUACCACUCCAAGCGUAAUGUCUACGACCUGGUUCAAACACUUAAAGUCAUCCUCAAUGCGCCCAGCAAACGCCAACUUCUGCCCAUGCUACGACAGGUCAUUCCCCGCUCAGACCAGCUUUUGUUUGACCAGCACACCUCGGAGGGCCUUUACUUGAAAUCGGAUUUACUUGCCAGAAAUGGGAGCGCCGAAGCGUUGGGCGAAGUUCCCAGUGGGAGUCCAACACCUCCUGGGCAUUUCUUGCCAACCCCUCCCGGAUCUCAAGUUGCGAUGCGCGGCUCUCCGGAUAGUUUCAGCACCAGCAGUGAUGGGACAGCUCCCCUCGUCCCGCUGCUCGGGAGAGGCUUUCUGCACGAGCCUCCAGGAGAGGUUCGACAAGUGACCCUGAAACGGCACAAGAGCAACGAGGGCUUGGGUUUCAGUAUCCGCGGAGGAUCGGAGCACGGGGUCGGGAUCUAUGUGUCUCUGGUGGAGCCGGGAUCCCUUGCCGAAAAGGAGGGACUAAGGAUUGGGGAUCAGAUUAUGAAAGUCAACAACACAGUGUUCGAUAAAGUCACCCAUGCCGAAGCAGUGAAGGUGUUGAAGGGCAGUAAGAAGCUGUCCCUGUGGGUGCGGUCGGUGGGGCGUAUCCCGGGGGGUUAUGUCACUAAUCAUGUGUACACCUGGGUGGACCCUCAGGGUCGCAGUGUGACCCCUCCCCCUGACCUUCCAGAGCACCGCAGUGCCACCCUGAGACGCAACGACAGCCAGCGACGCAGCAACAUGCAGCUACUGCAGGAGGGAGACGAGAAGAAGGUGAACUUGGUAUUGGACGAUGGCCGUUCGCUGGGUCUGAUGAUCCGGGGUGGGGCAGAGUAUGCCUUGGGGAUCUACAUCACAGGAGUGGACCGGGGCUCUGCUGCAGAGUGUGGAGGACUCAAGGUGGGUGACCAGAUCCUGGAGGUGAACGGGCGCAGCUUCCUGGGCAUCCCACAUGACGAGGCGGUGCGCAUGCUCAAGUCGUCGCGCCACCUGAUGAUGACGGUGAAGGAUGUGGGGCGCCUGCCGCACGCCAGGACGGUGGUGGGGGAGACCAAGUGGAUCACUAGCUCCCAGAUAGCAGAGAGCUCCGCCAGUGGCAGCGUGGCUGGCUUGUCCAUGGACCAAGGAGCCUCUGCAUCAGGAAAGCCGGUGUUCUAUAAGGGUGUGGCGGGCUCCCAGGUGACCCUGUCCAGCCUGGUGAACCAGAGCAGAGCCAUGUUGGAGGAGCAGGCCCGCCACCUGCUGACGGAGACAGAGAGGCAGACCAUGGGCUACUACGUGGAGGAGUACCGAGACGGACACAUAGGGGUGGAGCAACUGGUCAUGGCCCUGUUUGAACUGCUCAACACACACGCCAAGUUCUCCCUGCUAUCAGAGGUGCGUGGCCUGGUGACACCCCAGGAUCUGGAGCGUUUCGAUGGGAUGGUGCUGCGCCGUGAGAUCCAGGCUUUGAAGGCCCGGCAAGGGGGUGCCAGUGCGGCCGCCCUCCACCCUGACUCCCUCUCCAUGGUUUCCUACCCAGAUACCCUGGCCUCCUCGUCAGCCAGCUACAUGACCUCCACCACCCUCAGCUCAGCACGGAAUGACAGUACGGUGGAGAGUAAUGGGGGGGAUACUCAGGAGAGUCUGGAUGCGCUGCCUGACAUAUCUCUGGAUGAGGUGCACUCCACGUCCGAAUCUCCCCCCACCUUCAAACCCCCACCCCCCCCAGGGGUGCAGAGACGCCCCAGCAGACGGGACCAGGUCAAAAAGCUUCCCUCCUCCGAAUCCUCCCAUUCUGGGCUCUACUUCACCGCCCCCUCCCGUAACCCCCCCAUUGACCAGAGGGGGGAGCAAGGACCCCCCUCCUCACCCAAGGUCCCCCAUAAAAAGGAUACCUCAGUCCCCCCUAAGAGGGACCCCUCUGCCCCCCCUAAGGAGGAGAUGGCAACUGCCCAGCUCUCCAUGGUCAACAAGCACCCUAUAGGCCCCUUCCCCCGAGUCCAGUCCCCUACUAGGACCACCAAGCCUGCCGCCACCUCUCCAUCUCCACCCCCUCCGCCGCCGCUCACUGCCCCAUUCGCACCCCCUCCGCUUCCCCACAGCCAGGACAAGUCCUCCCCUGGCUCCAACAAACAGCACUUUGUCAUGGUGGAGGUCCAUAGGCCCAAUGCAGAGUCUGAUGUCAACGAGGUGCGGUCACUCCCCCAGGCACGAGAGGAAGUGCAUGUCUAUGUGUACUCAUGGGUGUAUGUGUUUCUACCUGAGUGUGUCCCUAUGCCAGUCUCUAACCUCCUGCACCCAUCCCCCCACCCCCCAGGUGCCAACCUGUCCCAGCUGUCAGACAGUGGACAGACGCUGAGCGAGGACAGUGGGGUGGACAUUGGCGAGUCAGGGCGUUUCAGCAAGGAAAGCAGUCCUCGUCCCGGCCGCAUACGCCCCCCACGACAUCCCCAGGGGGCAGGAGGGGACACCCCCUCCAAACCGCCGGGUCUCUUGGAGCCCACCUCCACACUAGUGAGGGUGGCAAAGAGUGCCAGCACCCUCGGCAUCGCCAUCGAAGGGGGUGCCAACACACGCCAGCCCCUGCCACGCAUCGUCACCAUACAGAGGGGCGGUUCGGCGCAUAACUGCGGGCAGCUGCGGGUGGGUCAAGUGAUCCUGGAGGUGAACGGGGUUUCCCUGAGGGGCCGGGAGCACAGGGACGCCGCACGCCUCAUCGCAGAGGCCUUCAAGACCAACGAGAGGGACCACGUGGACUUCCUGGUCACUGAGUUCAACGUGGCGCUAUAGGAGGAAGUAGAGGAGGUAGAGAGAGAGAGACUUGUCAUGGAGAAAGAAGGGACGAGGUAUAGGCACAGCAGAGGUAGAGAGGAGAGGGGGGCUGUUGGGGCAAAGUGGCAUAGGCCUACAUACUGUAUUUUACAUGGGUUCACCUACCAACUACCCUUGGUCCCUCCACCUUAGUAUCCUUCAGUUUAAUUCAAGCUUAAGCUACUCUACUAGACGCGGAUACAGUUGCACUCUAAGUUGAGUUGCACCCAUGAGAUUUCAGUAACAUUUUACUUGACAGCCAGUUUCAUGACACAUUCAUAACCAUGUCAUAAUAUGUCAUAACAGCUGACAUGACUUGUCAUAACCAUGUCAUAAUAUGUCAUAACAGCUGACAUGACUUGUCAUAACACUGUCAUAAUAUGGUCAUAACACUGUCAUGACCCAUACGGUUACACAUGUUGUGAUAUAUAUUGUGUUGUUUUAUGGCUGGUUAUAAGAGUGCCAAAACCCACAUUUAUUCAAAAGAGUUUUUUCCCUGCCAAGAAGUUUCCUUUCGUUUGAAAGUUUGUUUCUGAAACCGUCCUGUAUCACUUUACUUGGAACUGAGAAAAUACACUUUAUGACACUGUCAAGAAGCAUUACGACCAUCAUAAUCAUAUCAGCCAGACAGGCCUAUCACGUACAUGCCCUUAUAUCAGUCAUCAGUCAAUAAGAGGGUGUCUUGUCUUGCUCCUGAAAUCUGCUCCUUCAUUCAUCCCAGUCAUCAGCAACAGAGCAUUGGGGUAGGUGAAUGUCUGACAUCAACAUGUUUGCUAUAACAAUGGUAAUUUAAAAGCAAAAGAUAUAAACUCAGCAUAAAAAUAAACGUUCUCUCACUGUCAACUGCGUUUAUUUUCGGCAAACUUAACAUGUGUAAAUAUUUGUAUGAACAUAAGAUUCAACAACUGAGACAUAAACUGAACG